AUGCUUACUGUGUUUGCGGCGGCUGCCCUCUUCGUGGCCGCUUGUUCGGCUGCAGAGCAAGUCAUAUUCAAAGAUGUCGCUAUCAUUGGAGGCGGCGCAUCAGGCUCCUAUGCCGCGGUUCGCAUCAGGGAAGAUUUUGGAAAGACUGUGGCUCUCAUCGAGAAAAGGGACAGACUUGGCGGCCAUGUUGACUCCUUCGUCGACCCAAAUACCGGCACUCCUCUUGACUUCGGUGUAAAGUCCUUUAUCGACGAGGGCAAUGCGACAGGAUUCUUUGAUCGACUGGGUAUCAAACGACAACAUGGCACUCCCUCGCGCCUCAAUACCACGUACAUUGACUUCAAGGCUCGGAAGCUCGUCGACUUCAAGCCACCUCCGAUGACCUCACAAAUGGAUGCAUUGAAGCGGUUCCUCGAUAUUGUCGAGCCUUGGGAGCACCUCAUCCAGCCUGGAUAUUUUGACUUCCCCAGUCCCGAUGCGAUUCCAGACGAUUUCUUGAUCCCCUAUGGCGCCUUUGCUACGAAACACGCACUGGAGCAAGCGACGCCAUUUAUAUACCAAGUCACAGGUCUGGGGCUAGGAAACAUCACCAACGAACUCACUCUGUUUGUCUUGCAGACGUUUACAGCUGCCAUGGCUCGCUCGACCCUUGGAUUACAAGAUUCAUUUGUUCCUGCGUCUGGAAGGAACCAGGACGUGUACGAUGCGGUGGCAAAGCUUCUCGGAUCAGACGUCUUCUAUUCAAGCACGGUCCUGGACGCCUUGCGCACUGAUACAGGAGUCCAAAUCGCGGUAAAGAACACGGAAACAGGACACGUUACCAUUGUCAAGGCCAAGCGGUUGCUCAUUGCCAUCGAGCCAACUGCCGAUAACACGAGACCUUUUCAUCUGGAUCGCGAGGAGCGAGAUACCUUCUCAAAGUUCAAAUACACGCGGAGAUAUGCUGGAAUUAUUGACAGCGAUCUCCUGGAAGUCAACGCAUCAUACUUCAACUUACCCCUCAACGCCGCCCCCAACAACUACCUUUCGUAUCCCGAGAUUCCAUAUGACGCACGCAUCGAUUACAUGGGCAUUGGGCAUUACUUCCGCGUCAACAUUGUCGGCGACGAAAAUCUGGAUGCAAGCAAUGCCAAAGAGCUGGUGAAUCGUGACAUUGACACUCUUGUUGAUACUGGCGUCGUUCCCGCUCCGGAUGGGACGGAGGAACAAGUGACGUGGGCAGACUUCUCGGACCACGGACCAAUGUAUGCGCAUGUAUCUGGAGAGGAAGUCUCAAGUGGAUUCUUCCAGAAGCUCUAUGCGCUUCAAGGGAGGUCGUCUACUUGGUGGACAGGAGCGGCUUGGAGCGUUCAUUACCAAACUGCUCUCUGGGCGUACGACGAUAUUCUCAUACCCAGGCUACUGAAGGACAUAUAA